AUGGCGGACAAGACUCAAGAUACUCACACGACACCCGUCGGUCCCUCAUACCGCACUCACCAGCAGAAGCCCAGUGCCACCGUCUCUGUCGACGUCAAGCUAGACAAUGUCCAUGUUCUGUCGCAGACCCCUCAGCUCAUUGCCCUACUGUCGAAAAUUCGUAGCAAGGAGACCGAGAGAGCAGACUUCAUCUUCUACUCCAACCGAAUCAUUCGAUUGCUAGUUGAGGAGGGUCUCAACCACUUGCCUGUCAUUGAGCACACUGUCACUACACCCAUUGGCCGAAACUACAAUGGUCUCAUGUUCCAGGGCAAGAUCUGCGGAGUGUCCAUCAUGAGAGCUGGUGAGGCUAUGGAGCAGGGUCUCCGUGACUGCUGCCGCUCUGUUCGUAUUGGAAAGAUCUUGAUCCAGCGUGAUGAGGAGACGGCCCAGCCCAAGCUGUUCUACGAUAAGCUGCCCGAGGAUAUUGCUGACCGAUGGGUGCUUCUUUUGGAUCCUAUGUUUGCUACUGGUGGCUCUGCUACCAUGGCGGUUCAAGUUCUCAAGGCCAGGGGCGUCCCUGAGGAGCAUAUCCUGUUCCUCAACUUGAUUGCAAGCCCCGAGGGUGUCAAGAACUUCUCUGCCAAGUUCCCCCGCUUAAGGGUCGUGACAGCUUUCAUCGAUGAGGUUUGUCACACCGCCUGCAUGUACUGUCGCAACGUAUUGGCUAACCGGGCAUUUCUAGGGCCUCGACGAGAAGAAGUAUGGAUGCUCAACUCCGAUGACACAUGA